ACACUAAACAGCAAACAUUUUUGAGAAAACCCUUGGUUCUGCUUGUGUUUGCUCAUGUCUGGUCUUAGUAACUCAAGUAACAAAUCUCGAAAAGAUGGCCAAGCUGGUAUACCAUCUGCCUACAGAGGAGUCCGGAAGAGAAAAUGGGGCAAAUGGGUGUCUGAAAUCCGUGAACCGGGGACCAAGAACCGUAUCUGGCUAGGCAGUUUCGAGACUCCUGAAAUGGCUGCAACUGCCUAUGACGUUGCAGCAUUCCAUUUCAGAGGACGAGAAGCUCGUCUCAACUUCCCUGACCUCGUCAGCAGCUUGCCACGUCCUGCAGACUCUAGUGCAGACAGCGUUCGCAUGGCAGCUCAUGAGGCAGCACUCGGCCUCAGAACCGAGCCAGUAGAGCCAGCCAUGCAAGUGGAUACCUCAAGCUCCUCCAACGUAGGUCAAACGAUGGUCAGUCUCUCUCCCAGAGAAAUUCAAGCGAUCAACGAGUCGACUUUGGGAUCUCCUACCAUGUUGAUGCAUUCAUCAUAUGACUCAAUGGGGUUUGACAAUGAUGUGGGGAUGAAUGUUUGGGAUGCAUACCAGACUGACUACUCUCUUUGGGACCCCUAAUCCCAAAAUCAUGGAGAGUUAAUACCAGCUUAAGUCAAUGGUCUAGAAUGCUUGCAUAUUAGGGUUUAGUUUCCAGAGUCUAGCAAAAGGGUUGUUGAUUCUAACGGUAUAGCAAAGAAUAAAGUUCAUCUGAGUUUUAGAGGG